AAAAACCUGGAAUCUCCAAUUCAGAGCAAAACUGAGAAAAAUUUAUUAGAGAACCUCUCCCAGCAGAGCCCAAAUAAACUGUGUACUGCCAGUUAAAAAUGCCUUUAAAAAAAACAAAGCAAACCAGUUGCAACACCAGUUUAAACUUCCCCUUGUUGCCAAUUGCACGAGUCAGCUGGAGCUCACCACUUUCAGAGAGAAGCUGCUGCUGCAGCUUUCUAAUAAGAGGAUCUGCACGUUUCUGCUCCGUCUUCAGCAGCAGUUUUGAGAACCAGCAGAACUUCUUAACACAUAAAUGAACAGCUAAAAACCCUUUGCAAAUGAUGGCUACAACUUCAGCUGAUUUACCAACCAUUGGUCCACACAAGGAAGAAUUCUGGAGCAACCAAACCAACCUGACCAUAAACGCCUCAGGAAGUCACCAUGAUGCCAGCUGUUCUUUGGAUGACAACUCACUGUCACUCGCUUUGAUUGUUUUCUACUCCAUUAUUUUUGUCUUUGGAUUGGUUGGAAAUAUUAUAGCCCUGUUUGCUUUCCUGUGCAUUCAUCAGAAGAGGAAUUCUAUCCAAGUCUACUUGCUAAACGUGGCUGUUGCAGACCUUCUGCUGAUCUUCUGUCUUCCCUUCCGGAUACUCUACCAUGCCACCAACCGCUGGAUGUUCGGGCGGAUUUUGUGCAAGGUUGUGGGAACUCUGUUUUACAUGAACAUGUACAUUAGCAUAGUACUGCUGGGACUAAUCAGUCUGGAUCGUUAUAUAAAGAUAAAUAAGUCAGUGAAGCGCCCGAAGAUGUUAACCACCACCCGGAGUGUGCAGAUUUGCUGCACGGUGUGGGCGAUUGCACUGACAGGAUUUGUAGUGGUAGUUGCCCCUUCUUUCUUUAAGACUGAGGUCAGCAACUCCACCAAGUGCUUUCAUUACCGAAGCAAAAAGAAUGGAGAGAAGACAGAAGCAAUUUUAAAUUAUAUCACUGUGCUGAUUUUUUGGAUAGUUUUUUUCCUCUUGAUACUUUCGUAUGUUAAAAUUGCCAAGAACCUUCUGAAAAUUUCAAGGAGAAGGGCAAAUUUCCCCAAUGCAGGAAAAUACACGCAGACAGCAAGAAAUUCCUUCAUUGUUCUCAUAAUUUUCACCGUCUGUUUUGUGCCUUACCACAUGUUCCGGUUUGUCUACAUCACAUCACAGCUACAAACCCCAUCCUGUUACUGGACAGAGAUCAUUCACACGUGCAAUGAGGUGAUGCUCAUAUUUUCAUCCUUUAACAGCUGCCUAGACCCAGUUAUGUAUUUCCUGAUGUCCAGAAGCGUCCGUCAGACUGUGUUCCAACUGAUUUGCAGGAAACUUCAUGGAGAGUCAAGCCUAAACCUGGAGAGCACCUCAGACAUAAAACUGAGCCAAUACGCUCAGGAGCGAUUGUCUACCAUCACUCCUCACUCCAGCUACUCAAGGAAGAAGUUCAUGAUUUGAAUGUUUAAAUCAAUCUCUAUCACUCCAGGUCACCAAUUUCAGAUCACGAAAUCCUCUACUCUACGGCUACUAGUUCUGCAUCUUUCCUCCUGUUAAGAAAAACGAGAAGUCUCACUUCUGUUUGUGAAAAUGAGAAGUUACUUUUCAGAAGCAUUUUGUCGCUCUUGUUUAUCCAAGAAAACAAAUUAGGAAGUUCUCAGACAUUUUCUGUUGGAUGAAACUAGAACACUAACUCUUUAGGGAGAUUUCCACAAAGGGGUUUGAACAUGUAAAGCUAAACUUGUAUAUACACGUUAAUAUUAGUAGCUUGUGUAUGUAAAUAAUAGAUGAAUUUUGCAAAAAAGCAUAUUCUGUCCGGUUUGAAAGAUCUAGAUACCAUUACAGAUUUUAUGUAUUUUAUAUUUUUCUCUGUUUUAAUGGGUUUCCAAAAGAUCAGUAUUUUAACUACAUUUAUAAAUGUAUUUUUAAGAAAAUAUUUGAGAAUUUAGCAACAUGCGUCUUAGAAAUGAGGUGAAAUACAACAGCUAUCGAUUCAGUUUUAAGUAAAGAAGACACUUUUAGUUUUAUUAAGCAGCAAAGUUAAAACCUUCAAUCCUACUAGGACCCUUGUAUUUCCAACAUUUUUAUGAGUGCCAAGGUCAAACACCUGAGGAAAAGCAAGCAACACUUUAAGAAAAUUUGAAAUAAAUGAAGGAGAGAUGACAUAGGUCUGUCCUAAGAUUUCCUUCAAUAUGACAAAUUUGAUGACUGCAGCUACCCAAAGUAGUUCAGCAAGGAACAUAAACUCACAGAAGAGAGCAAAAAGAUCAGCCAGGCUCAGCCACUGGUCUUCUCCUAGAUUUCCAUAGCCACACAUUCCAGCUGCAUGCUUCCUCCCUGGCAGGAGACUUUUCUUUCCAUGUGAUUAAAAUAAACUUGAUAAUUGCUGAUGCCAUAUAAAUAGCAAUGUAACAGCAAUAUUUCAUAGCUACAGCUAUAUUCUCAGAUUAAAACUAAACAGCUUUAUGUAUUUAGGCACAACUAAAUUUCCAAAUGUAACAUUUUUCAAAAACCAGAGAGCUGAAAGUGGGAGAUGUCUGGCAAAAAGAUGACUACAGCAGCACAACUUAAAUGUCUGGCAUAACAGACCACAAAGGUGAAAUAGAGGCUAGACAUCAAGCUCUGUAAAAUAAGGAUUUAUUAUCUUGACACAUACAAACAAUAUUGCUCAAGCAAGCAGGUAUAAAGAAGUUGGUUUUAAUAUGACCACCAGUAAUUUCACUAAUGGAUCAUGUGACUUUUAAUGCCAAAUCUGUGCCAAAAUGUGUGGGGUUUUACUAAUUCCAUAAAAUUUUCUGAUUUUACAGAAGAUACUCUUAACAUUCUCAUUGAAUAAAGUAAACAUAAAGCUUCACCUCUGCUAGAUAUAAACUUGGUUUAAUUUUGAAGUGAUUUUACAUAAUUUAAACUUGAUGAAGCUGGAUAUAAACACGUUAAACAAACUACAAUGACCAGCCAGUCUAUUUUGUUUUCUUUCUUUUUUAUUUUUUAUAUAAAAAUUAGGGAGUUUCUUAAUCUUCAAAAUAAAGAUUCCCACAAACAUGUAAUUUCAUAAAGAUAUUCAUAAAGAUGGUAACUGCCUUUUUUCUUAAAUAUUUCAGCAUACAACAGAGGUGUUUGUAAAGUAAUUCUGACUCUCACAGUAAUCGCAUUUCAUGAUCUUUUAUAAUUUUUUCAUCCUAUUAUAUUAAUGCUUCUCUUGGUUUUGUAUUUGUACAGUGCAAUUUUAUUAUGCAAUACUGUAGUUCUACAUACUUACAUCAAUUCAGGUACAUCUAGUAGAGCUUAUAAACCAUAAUUUCACAAGAUAUAUACGUUAUCUCAUCAUUGUUUCUUUCCUGUGCUUAUUCUGUGAGCAGCUGGUCGAUGAUACUGAACAGCAGGUUGGGGUGAGGGUGUGGGCUGGGGAACUCAUGAGAGGACAGACAUGAACAACAGCAGCUUGAAAAAAAUGUGAAUUCUAAAAUUCUUUUGAUCGAAGUGUUAGAUCAGAAUUUUCAUUUACAAGGUUUGUAAUUCAUGGAUACAGCAGUAUUGCCAAAAUAGACUCAGAUCUCUUCAGAAGAUCAAGCAGUAGUACAGAGUUUCGACACUGAAAAUCCAAACUGCAUUAAAUUAAUCAACUCUCCAGCUGAGAAAUGAAAAUCUGAAAGAGAACAGGUCUGUAAGAAAAUCUCUAAGAGCAGGCAUGGCACAGAAGAGGGGAAUGAUCACAUGAUCUUGACAAAGUGCAGCAUUAAGGAGCAGCAAUCAGAACAAAGAAACAAUCACAGAAAGCAAUCAGAAAAUACUUUUGGAUUUCUACAACUGUAUAAAUCACUGUUUCCAGAUGUUAAAGGCCAGAUGUAUCAACUGGCUCAGAAAGGGAUUUGAAACUAGACAGCACAGUCAUGUAGGAAGCAAUUACUACUGACCAAGAAACAAAAGCAGGUAUGUGUACUCCUUUAAAAAAAUGUUUAAUCCUUACUUUUUGUUUCUGCAAUCAGUUUUCCCAAAUUUGAGGGUAAAACGGCAGGCCUUACAAAAAAUAUUACUGAAGAACAAACAGUCCUGAAACAACUUGGGAGACUUGCUGAAAGUCACACUGUGAUGUGUCAAAUGACCACAGAAUCAGUCACUCAAACAGGUUGUCUUACUUUUCCUCUCCUCAGUGCUUCCUAAUUACCUGAGUCUUCAGGUGAAUUUUUACAUGAAGGUAAUUCUAUUUAUUUUGCUUUCUGUAUUUAAAGGCUAACUCAACAUGUAUCCCCAUAUAACUGCAUGAACCUCAUUUUCCUCUGCACUCAAAUCUGUAACCCACACUUGAAUUUCAGCUGGUGUCCCAGGGUGUCCCAGGAUGUCCCAGUCUUGUGCUGGUUUUGGCUGGGAUAGAGUCCUUCACAACAUGGACUGUGGCUUGGGCUUGUGAUCAAAACAGUGUUGACAACCCAGGGAUGCUUCAGCCACUGCUGAGAAGCACUUGCACAACCAGCAGGACUUCUCUGCCUCUCAGAACACCCCAGCGAGAGGCUGGGGCUGCACAAGGGCCUGGGAGGGGACACAGCAGGGACAGCUGUCCCCAGGGGCAUCCCAGAGCACGUGGUGCCAUGGCCAGCAAUAAAAGCCAAGAAGGAUGCUUGGCUGUGCUGCCAUUUCUCUGGAACUCACACUGGGCACUGGUCAGAUGGGGUUGCUUUCUAUCACUUGGUUUUUUUGCUUCUGCCUGAUUCUUUUUCUUUAAGCUUAUUAAACUCUUUAUCACAAACCAUGAAUUUCCACUUUUGCCCUAACAAUUCUCCC